CAACAGAAUCAAUUGAAUAUCUGUUAGAAUACUGUUAGGAAAAAAUUAGUUUUUAUGGGCAGUUGACCAUGAAUUUGUUUAUUGUCAAUUUGUCUAUUAUGAAAUUAUGGAAUUUCAGAUUUUAGUGAAAAUUUCGUAAAUCCUAGAAUUUUAAAUGGUAUGAACACGAGAUUUCCUCAGACUAUUACUGAAAUUCUUGGUUAUUUUAAAUAAUUUUCUUCUUACAAACAAAUAAUAGAACUUGCUUUUCAAAUUGUGGUUUAUCUUUUACGAAAUUUCUGUUUUGAAGUUCUCAUAUUUCAAUAUUUUUUUCAACAGAAACGUUAAUUAAAUUGGGAAAAAAAUUGCGAUUCCAAAAGUCGAUGGAUCGUUAGAUUAAUUGUAUUGCCCUGGUAUUAAUGAACUACUAAAUGCAUUUAUAAUUCAGUUUCUGAAACCCGUGCGACCUCGAUAUACGCGUGAGUACGACGUCCCGGUCAUCGCGCAGCCACGAAAUAUCACCUGUAGACACGUACACACACUUGCGUAGACGAGAAAAUCUGUGUCACGCUGGGGUAGAAACUGUUCGGGGGUUGAUUUAGGGGGUGAGAGAAGGGGGCGGUUUGGCAGUGGAAUAUUCUCAGUGACCAAGCGUCCCUAGUAUCAGACGGAUGCGCCAACUUUCCCGCGCUCAUCUUGAGGGAAAGAUAAUUAUUUAAAUUACCCUGAGUGGUAGUAUUAUUAAUUUUAAAUUACCGUCCAAUCGAACUUUUUCUUCCGUUUCGCGUGCUAGAAGCGUGAAAUAGUGACCGUAUUGAUAAAAUUACAAUAUUUUACAAAAUCGAAGGGACCAUUUCACCUGCCCGGACUGAUCAGAGUUAAGCAGCACUUUCCGGGGAACAAUUAAUAUAAGUAAGAAAUGUUUAAUUUAUAUACAACGCUGAAUAAAAAGGACGAGGAGAAUGCUACUCGUCGUCGUGAAUCCGAUGUUACGGGACACGAUAGAUUCUACCAGGAACGACCUCGCUCACGUCGCAAGAGACGACCUUCCAAUAGACGAACAAAAAGUGCCAUUGAACUUGAUGCAAAUGCAAUUUUAACAGCCCAAGCAAAUCACGCACGACGUAAUCGAAGUGCAAGUAUCGAAGGGGGUGAAAGCAGCAGCAGUAGUGCUGAAGACAGAUUUCAAUUAACUAUGAAAAUUGAUAGUCUAGCGAAGCUACUUUUUAAUCGAGUAUCAGCUGCUAAAGCAUAUCGGGACAACGAAAUUAGAAAUGGUAGGCCUAAUUACGAGUCAUUGGACCAAGGUUCCUCGGUCCGUGAGGAAGGUGGCGAAUAUCUGGAGAUGGAGAAAAAGUCAAGGGACCAUGCCCUAUUAGUCUGCGAAGUUUACAUCCAAGGGACCUUACGGUACAAUCUGAUUAAGCAACUCUGCAACGUUGGCUCUCGAGUCGACAAACAUUGGUUCGCUGUCCGUGACACAACUCUGAAGACCGACAGGUUAUUGACACUAGUGCCAUUGAAUCGUAAUUGUCCACUCACCCUCUGUUCGUCCACUAAAGACGUCCUCAACAAGUUAUUUCUGGCUCUGCAGCAUCCGUAUGUGUGUCCAGUACUUGACCUAGAGUUCAUUGAGUUCGAGGGACAGAAUUACGUGAUUCUAGUACAACCCAUAAAUCAAGGCAGCAUGAAGGAUCUUAUUUAUGGAAUCGAGAGAAACUGCUGGAAUGCAGAUUGGAGUCACAAAUAUACAGCCCGUGGAAAAGGUCUCACAUUACCCCAAAUUUUACAAAUGGGAAGACAAGUUCUCGAAGCUUUAAUAUUCCUUAAGGACCGUGGUUUUCCAACUGUGACGCACUUGCACUCUGGCAAUGUUGUUAUUCAAAACGGUGUCGCACGUCUCGCAGGACUUGAGAAUUCACUUUUGGGAUUUACCAGUCGAAUUCAUCCUGUUGUCACCUCUCGACCCACCCCUCGUGACGCCGUAGAUAGCGUUUGCUUCGGUCAUAUGCUGUUUGAAAUGUGCACGGGUUACGAGUUGUGCGCUUUCAAGCCGUCGUCAGUUCACAUGGCAGAUCUUGAAAAAUAUCCAAAGGUUGCUGAUCUCAUGGACCUCAUAUUCAACCACCCAGGAGGUCAUUAUCCCAGUGUCGAGGAGCUGUUGGUGCACGACCUAUUCCGCAAUAUCGAUCUGCGCGAAAUGCGAAAUGCACCGGUAAACACAUUUCGCCCGAUAGUUACGCCAUCAAUUGUGGCCCUUCUCGAAGCCAUCAAACGCCACAACAGCAGCCGCAGAAUUCCUAGCGUCAUCCCUGAAGAAAUGAUAUUACUGCAGAGUCCGGAGGACCAACCCACUAACACCGGACGAUUUCUCACUGAAAUGUACAACGAAAUAACGAGUACAACACUAUAAUUUAACAAUUUCAAAAAAAUUAGCUUCUGGAAUAGAAUUUGCCAAAAUAUCGAAAAUUAAAAAUCUAACGUGAUACGUUUUACCACUUUGCUACCGAAUUAACAAUUGACAAAGUUCUUUGUUCUCUUUUAUCCAACGUAAAUUAGUAAUUUGUCAAUAUUAAUAUGAUUGAUGUCUGAAUAAAGUGAAUAAUUAUAACUGAACAAUAUAAAAAAGGGUUAAGGGACCUUGAGAUUGUCGAAUUGACAACAAUCUCACUUUAAAUUAUACGUCAAUAGACUAAGUGAAAAAUACAAAAAGCGCAAAUAUGCGUAAUAUUUAAACAGAAACGAGAAUUAUGUAACAGAAUAAAAUAUCGAUUUUUCUGCGAUGAUAAUCUAGUUCACUCAAUUUUUUUUCACGUCCAAAAAUAUAUGUCAUGAACUUUUCCAUAUCAUGCUUGCCAGAAAUAUACAAUGAAUAUUUAAACCUCAUUUUAUUCCCGAAAUGAAGGCCCCAUUAAAUUGCAAAACCCACAGUCGAUCCUGUCAAAGGAUAAAAAAUGAUAAAAUCGUAUCAUAAUUUUUUCUCAUCCAAAAUAGGACCAUGAACC